GCAACUGCGUCUUUAAGCAAAUCUCCGAAAAAAUGGCUGAUGAUAUAACAAUCAACGGUUCUAACGACGCUACCGAUAUGAUAGAGGUAGCAAUUUGUCAACCAGACCACCCCAAUCAAGCCAUUUUUAUUACGAGUCUGGAUAUCAAACUCGAGCAUUUUCGCACUUCUAUCACGCAAAAUGGUCUGAUUGUGCCAGAAGAGUGGGUUUUCAUGACUCGUCUAGGCAGUUUGAUUUCUGAGGACCAAGAAGAUCGUAUUCUCCUGAAAACAAUAACAAGACACCACGAUGAUUCUGGCGCUGUAGAUGUUAUGGUAACCCCAGCACUUUCAGAGCAUGAGCAGUCGGAGAGGCGUCCAGGCAAUACUUCUGGCAGAAACGAAGUUUUGUCUUCUUUUGCAACGAUAGUGGCAGCUGUUCGAGAUAUUUACGUCACAUCAAUUCAACCAAACCUCCACGAGUUUAUUAAGCCACUGGCUAUUGCAGCAGGAGUGGCGGCCGUCCUCACAUUUGUGCUAACAUUUUUCGUUGCUAUGAACUUUGGUGUUUUGCAUGGGUUCAUACAAAAAUCAUCAUUGUCUACCUUUCUUAAGCGUCAUGUUUGUGGUAUUCCUGGUGACAUCGAUUUUGUGACAGAACUAGCCAAGAUGCAGCGAAAAAUAGAUGAUCUGCAAGAGCACGUUAGCAAGAUGAAACAAGUGGAAAUGGGUUAUUUUGACUGCAAUGAGGAGACCUACAAAGUUCAAAUCAGCUUCCGGAAAGUCAACUUCACAGAAGUUCCCCAGGUUAUUUUUGCACAGAGUGGUGUCAGUAAUGGAGGCGACUUGUUCUCCUUCGAGAUGGAUGAUGUACAUGUGACUCAGGCUGGCUUUAGUGCACAGUGCUCUGUCCGUGACAGAAGAUUUAGCAGCCUCACAGUCAGCUGGAUUGCUGCUGGAAAAUGAUCAGAUAAUCUCAGAAAUGGUUCAGAUGAAAAAAAAGUUUUUAGGUGUUUAAAAUAAUGUAGUCAUGGUUAAGGAACUUUAUACAUAUUUUUAACUCCCCGUGUCAUAUCAGAAAAGAAAUUUUAACAACAGUCUUAUCUAGAAAGUUAUAGUAAUAACUUGUCUAUGGUUUGUGGGCUUCUUGUACUUGUCAUUUAUUUUAACAUUUCUUAGAUGCUGCUGCAGAAGUGAUGUGAUAAAUGCAUUUAAAUCUAACUGGAUCAUCACUGUGCUUAUAACUAUCGUGCUCCUUGGGGCCUUAGUACACCAGAUCUGUGACACUGUUAUUUGAGCUAAUCGGUUAAAGUAAAUGUGAUGUUUUUUGUGAGUUUUGCUGUUCCUUUGUUAUGUCCCUUGACUUUUUUCCCUGUUUUAGUUACAGCGGUCUUGCUUCUUUGUGUUUUUGAUUUUUUUUUAAAUGAGAUAUAAGUAUUAUUUUAUUAACAAAACAGUGAUUUUGGUUACAGUCUUGAAUUUUAUUUCUCAUGUACUCUUUAAUUUAUGGAUUUCACAGAUCAGGAAAGACAUUUGAGUUAUUUAUGGUUAUAUUUUAUAAUUCAAAUGUCAUCAAAAAAAUAAAACCACAAAUUCUUUUCCUGGAUAUUUAGAAUAUGAACAGUAAAACAUCCACAUCAGGAAAGUUACUAUUAAAUGCUUUUUAAGUUGUGCAACGUAUUGAAAGAACAAAUUCUUCUUCUUUAUUACAAUUAUUUGUGCAUAUGAUUUGUGCUUUAAACCUUCGUUUUUAUGAAAUCGGUUUAUUUUCUCGCAUUGUAUAUUUACUGUAUACAUUUUUAAGUUUUGUGGUUUGUAGUUUAUCAUUUAUUCCUCUUGUGUUGUUAAAGUGUAUAAUUUAUUUAGAAGGCAUCUGGAAAUGUUUUGCAUUAUUUUCCUCUAAAUAAUUUUGCAUCCCAGAAGAAAGUAAACGGGUUAUUUGUAUUUUUGAACUGGACUUGCAAGCAAAUGUCUUGCUUUUGCCUUGAAUUAUUUAUAAGAAGCAACUGACAUGGUUUUGGAAUGAUACUAUAUAGCUUUACAGAUUAGAAAGUAAUCAAAAUCUUGAAACUCUGUUUGGAAAGAUUGCAUCUUUUUUUAUUAAAACAGGUAUUCUGGUGCAGA